UAGGUCGAGAUGCCCCUCCCCUCGAGCCCAAAGGACCAGGAGAAUAAUUCACCUGAAGGGGAGGAAUGUGUGCACAAUGGUGAAUUACGCGGUCAUGCUGACGAAAAUGGCACUCAGUUCACAGUUCCGCAGUUGCACGAACUACCAAAGAGCCAUGAUCUUCAUGAUGUGAGCAAGAUGAAUGAGCCAGUCUCACUUGAUCCCCUGGAUUUGUCUCUCACAGGAUCCGUCCAGUCAGCUGAGAUUGAGGCGAUCACUUGUGGUAUUAUACCCACUAUAUCAGCGAGAGUCGGUGAGAAUUAUGAAAAUGGAAAUACACCAUCCGGACACAGUGGAACACUCGUCAUGUCCAGUCCUUCGCCAACAUUCUCGGAGUUCUCGUCCUAAUUUCGGUCUUUCAUUAUUGGUCCAGUGUUUUUAAUCGUAGGAGUUGAAUGAAACUAUUGUAAUGUCUUCCAUAGGGCUUCGAGGUUUUAAAUUUCCUCGGUUUUUUCUUCAUUCUUGCCUUGUUGACUCGUUUAGGUAGGAAAAUCGGGGGAAGUGCUGUGUUGAGGGAGUUUCGAUGUCACUCCAUUAUGUGUCAGCCUGAAAUUUAAGACCAACUAAGCCAAACGAGUCGUAUCUUCAAUGUAAACAGCGUACGAGGGAUGAGAUCUUGUUUAUUCCCACGGUUGAGUGUUGAUAGCUAUCGGGAGAGAUCUACUACUUGUGUCCAUUUCCAAGUGCUAUCGUUUCGUUCUGAUGUUAUUCCAGCCGACCUUCGAUCCAAAUACGGGAAAGGUCAGAGCUUUUUGGUUAGAGUUGUGCGAAGGACUAAUGCAUUCGUUUCUUUUUCUCAAGGGGUCUCAGGAGAAAAAAUAACUGAAAUGCGGGAAAAAAACGAAAAAUUCGCGACAUGAAUUCUCAGCCAAAAAGACUCGGGAAAUCGGAAAUAUGGCUUGAAGAGUUGUUUUUUUUUGUAGAAAUGGGAUGAGGCGAGUUGAUAAACAUCCGAAGAUGAAAUGGGGCGGAGGAAAAAUUGAGGAAAUGGAACGUGUGGGCAAAUGGCAGUUCAACCACACGUUGUUUAUGAAAUAAUUUUGUAAAUACAGUGACUGUUAAUUUUUACGAUGAAAAAAGUUGAAGGGUGAAAGACAUUCAACACCGGUAUUUGGUUUCCGUUGUGCGUGUAGUAAAUCGCAAUUGCGGGGACGUAUUAUAAUAGUGUUAAACUGAACGAACACCAACCGGGAUUGGGCUCGUUUGCCUCGCAAACGCGUAUCACGGGGACCAACUAAGUAUCCGGUGGCCUCGUUUCCCACGAGCCCUCUUUAAUACCGUGCAAUGCCCGCAGACUGCAAUUUUGUACAUAAAUUUUUAUCGUCGUAGACAAUUAGUGGAUAAUACUCGAUAUACAAUAAAUAAAAAAGAAUAAUUGCAAAUUAUUUUUUCAAUUCAAUUAGCAAAAAUGUAUCACUUGUUUCUGUUAUUUUGCCUUUUGUUGAUGACUUAUCGACUUGCACUGAGAUUUCAAUUGUCAAAUUUUUUUCCCAUCGAUGAUGUUUCUUUGGCAUUGGGAGUGACAUUUUUUACAUGGACAAUCAUAAUCGCUUCGGGAUUGGAUAUUAAUUGCUGUUGAAUUAUUGAACAGAUUGUUUUUUUUCUGUAACUGCUGUUGAAAUCUCGUGCAGUUUUGCGGCACGAAACGAAUUGCUAGGUAAUAAAACAAAAAAUCUAUCGAUUUAAUAUCGUGGUGAAGUAAUUAAUGUAUAUUAGGCAACAGUCAAUUCCAGUCUUCACGUUGGGGUAAUUAUACGGAGACAAAAGUUGGAGAAAAAUUAGCGAACUAGUCAAGUAAUCGUGGAACGGGAUCCAUUUCUCGGUCUUUUUCACCCUAAUUCGAGGCAAAAAGUGCGAGACGAAUAGUGAGUUUUUCUAGUCAAUGCCGAAACCGUAAGAUUUACCAUUUAUUCCUUAAAAAAAUAUCCCAUGAAUGUGAAUAAUUGCUCAAUAUUGCGUAAUCAUUCACAGAUGGGCAGGAUUUUUUCUGUAGCCGAGAAUGAUUUUUUCUACUGCGGUCUAGUAAAAUUUCU